UACACACACUGAUCUCUAUUCCACAGCAGAGGACACUGCACUUUCUACAGCUGUGACUGUCUGUGUGUGAAAUCAGCCAUUCUGCUAGAAUGAGGAACCUGUCUGCUCUGCUGUUUGUGCUGCUGCUCUGUUCUCUCCAGCUGGUCUCUAGUGGUCCACUUGCGCGUAACCCCUACUGUUGUCCCAGUGUGACUGAUAAGAAGAUCCCUCUGAAGAAGGUGGUGUCCUACACACUUACAGACAGUGAUUGUGCCGUUAAAGGCAUUAUAUUUAAAACUGUAGCUGAAAAAAAGUUUUGUGUGAAUCCAGAUGCUGUGUGGGUCAGCAGCCAUGUUGCUGCUGUGGACACUCGCCGCAAUACCACAGCAAAAACUACAACUACAACUCUCAAAAUGUUCUCUAUGUGAAGUUAUUAAGCCAAUACCACACUGAAACAAACUUUGUGUUUUUGUGCAUUUUUUUAACCAUUCUAUUAUUGCUAUAUAAUUAAUUUUUUUAAUAAAAUUA